UUGUCAAUGUCAAGCAAGUUGUCAUUGUCAUAAAUAUGGGAGAUGAAAAUAAUGUGAAAAAGAAACAAGAUCAAAGAAAUCCUAAACGCCUCCCAAAUAAGAAAUAUGCCAUUAAAAAGAGAUUACCGUUGCGACCUAUUGAAGGAGACAAUGUCAUAUUUGUAACCAAAAAAACUAAUUUCAAGGCUCAGCUUGAAAAAUGCUGUGAUCUGUUGUCGAAGGGUGAGAAAGAAAUAAUACUGCAUGGGUUAGGAGCAGCUAUACAGAGAUGUUGUAACUUAGCCCUCCAGCUGGAAUUGCUAUUUUCAGGCACUUGCCAGAUUGAAGUAAACACAGGGACUGUUGAUAUUAUUGAUGACCUGGAGCCACUGACAGAUGAUGUAGACUUUGGUACCCAAGUCAGACAUUCAUCUUCAAUUCACAUUCGGGUAUUCAGGAACGCAAUGCUUGGGGCCAAUAAGUAAACAUGUUUUUCACACUAAACGAGAUUGUGCAGUGGUUAGGUCUCACUGUGUUUGAAAUAUGGAUAAAUUUGAUAACAAUUGCCAUAUUCACUGCACUGCUAGCCCUCAAAAUCGAUGGUGUUGUGAACAGUGCAUGGUGGACAAUAUUUGCACCGUUAUUUGUGAGUGAUGCUAUGAAUGCAUAUUUCUGUUGCAUAGUGUGCAUAAGAAUGACUUUAGAAGUCUCCUACAAAGCCUCACUCUACAGAGUAUCAUGGAGUUGUAUAUUUUUAGGUUUAACAUUUGUGUUUAAGUUCUUACUGUGCAGAAAGCUCCAAGGUGACUCUGCUAUAGAAUACAGUGAAGUGUUUGCACCUCUCUUUAUUUUACUACAGCUUAUAGCUGUACGAGCUUGUCAGUUACAUCAAUGAACAUUUAAUCAUGUUAUUGUCAAAAAUUUCUUUAAUAAAGAUGUUAUACAGAAAAUAAA